UUUCUGCGACUUAUUGGCCCAGACGGUUCAGAUCAAAUCGAUGUGUGUGAAAUCUUUCACUGCGACUGUUUAUUGUUAUGCAUCCCCAAAGGUCACUCCAGGCUCGUGGUUUGGAACCCGUAUUGGGGGCAAACCAGGUGGAUCGAGCACACACAUAAUUGCCACUUAGAGGACCAGUAUAGGUGUUCUUAUACGUAUGCUCUCGGUUACGACCGUAACAGUAAGUCCCACAAAGUCUUGAGAUUUAUUGAUUUUCUCUCUCAUUUUGUCGAGUUCAAAAUCUACGACUUCAGUUCUGAUUCAUGGAGCCUAUCUUUAAAGGGAAACACCUACUGGUUUGCUUCAGAAAGACAAUCUAUCAAUGGUUUCUUAGUCUGUUUCGAUUUCACAAGAGAGACAUUCGGGCCGCCUUUGUCUCUACCGUGUGAGGCUUAUUUUCAAGAUACCGUGAGUCUAUCUAGUGUUAGAGAAGAUCAGCUUGUGGUUUUAUUCCAGACCUGGGAUAUAUUGACGUUUGAGAUCUGGAUUUCCACUAAGAUUGGUGAUGACCCUAACGCCGUGUCCUGGAACAACAAGUUUUUCUUAUCGGCCAAUAUCAAACAACUCAUUCACCCUCAGUGGCAGUUUCCUGCAUCUGCGAGUUUCUUCAUUGACGAGGAGAAGAAAGUCGCCGUGGUUUUUGAUAAAGACACAGAUAUACGAAACCCCACUCGCGAAGUAGCUUACAUCAUUGGAGUAGAUGGAUCCUUGAAAGAAGCAGCAGAUGUCAGAGAAUGUGCAGACCGUUAUUGUGAUGCAUUUCUUUGCUCAUAUGUUCCAAGCUUAGUGCAACUUAAUUAAUUAGCUCCCCCACCUAUUUAUUUUACUUGUUUUGUUUCCUUCCUCAUCGAAAGACUUGUGUACUCAAUAAUACUCAUAUCUAUUUUUAAGUUCUUUUGUUUUUCAUCCUUGUUUAUGUUUUUUGCCCUAUUUUGACUUCCGUUUUCACAUCAUCUUCCUUUAGACUCAUUUCUUAC